ACAAACAGAAAAAAAAUGUCAACAAUUUCAACAUUAUUUAAUAUCUAUGUCUGGUUGAUAUCGAUAAACAAUCAUGUGAUGAUAAUUAAUAGCCUUGAAACAUCAUCACCAUAUAAAAAUCUUGAAUAUUUGAAUGACAUGAAUCGAACAUGUUCAUUUCGAACAUUACGAGCAACUAUUUCGACAAUCACAUCGAUGGCUAUUAUACAUGAACAAUUAUGGAUCUAUUAUUCUGAUCAUAUUGUAGCUAUUUAUGAUCAAUUUAAUGAAAAACAUUAUGAUCAUGAUAAUCAUCGUCUUUAUUUAUUUGAUGAAAAAUUUAUCGAUAUGAGAUCAUAUCUAUAUGAUAGUGAAUUAAUGAAGCAUUGGCCAUAUGAAUUGAAUGAAACAACUUCAAUGGGUGAAAUUUCUCUUGCAUUCUUAUCGCCACCAAAUGAUCAAUCCAAAUUAAUACUAAGUUAUUGGAUUGCAUUGAUUGAUCUUUAUGAAACAACAAUAACAUCGGGAUCGAAUGUAAAUAAAACUAUUCGAAUCCAAUUAAUUAAUACAUAUAAUCGUUUUUUAGCCACCGGUUAUCCAGAUAAUCGUAAUGAAAAAUUUGAAAUUGAACAUGAAUAUAAAAAUUUUAGUCUAAAUACCGAUUCACUUAGUGAUGAAAUUAAUACACAAAUAAUAAGCCUAUCGAUUGAUGGAAAAUUCUACCAGAUUUUCGUCGCUACACAACCAGCACCAACGGUCGUUGUAUUCGAUAAUUAUUUGUUGAAAGAAAUUUAUGGUAUAUUAUGUAUUAAUGAUGAUCAAGAUUUUUAUAUGAUACCAAAUAAUCAACAAUUAAUGGCUGAUUGUGAACCACCAGUAAAUUUUUUACAUGAUAUUGUAUUCGGUUUCAAUAUAAAUGAAACAUUAUAUCUUAUAUCAUCAUAUAAUCGAUAUGUUUUAGCCGUGGAAAAACGUUUAGUCAUUUCUUUUCAACGAAAAUUUCCCAUUUAUAGAAGACGUUCAUUAGAUGAUUUUAUCAUCUGUAUGAAACCACCGAUUUGGCCAUUACCAUUAGAUGAGGAUUUUUUCACCACAAUCGAAACGAAAACCCAAACAACAAAUCAAACAAAUGAAAAAGUUUUCACGAAUCAAUCAUCAACGAAUAGACCAUAUUAUCAAUAUUUUGACAAUAAUGGCUUGAAAAAUAAUUUCAAUUUUCGAAUAUCAAUCAUAAUAAUCAUGAUGUUUAUCAAAUAUCUAAUCAUUAGUGUAAUCUAUUUUAAUGUUUGUUAUUAUUGUCAAAAUAUCUGUUUUCAUUUAUGAAUGAAUGAAAAUUAUUAAAUUACGAAAAAAAACCAAACACUUUCAUGCUCGCCAUCUAACGAUGUUUAUAUGAACUAAACAAAUGUUUCCAAUUAGAGUGACUUGGAUAUUGGCCACUAGAGUGAACCACACAUAUGAAUCGAAUGAUUUCCACGUAUACGUGAAUAUAAGCAUUAAUAUCCGGCGAAAUCUAAACAUAAAUCCAUUGUUGACAAGUGCUGAAGAAGAUCAUUGAAAGUUAACAGGAUGGACAAUGGUUACAACCAAAAACAAAUCUUUGACCGUAAAAAAAAAUUCUGAUUCAUUAUUACUUCAACGAAAACAUAACGAUUUCGAAUGGAAAUUUGAAAUAUAAAUUUUUUGAUUUGAUA